GUUGCCACCGUAUCACUCUAUUACUCUGUGGGUAAGCGCUAUGACCGACGAACUCAGAAUGGAUGUCCAUCGAGUGUACAACUGCAACCAAAUGGAUUAUGAUAUUAAUCAUCCCAAACUUGAUAAGAUGUUGCCCUGUAACGAAGACCGCUUCGACAGCGGAGUGGAUUCCCUGAAAGACGAGGAAUAUAAAAGUAUUGUGGAACAUAUGGAAAGUAUGAAUAUGGCUGCCACGGAAAGGACAACAGGAAAGGACAUCGACGACGAACCGUGGAAAAAAGAAGCUACCGAGGACGGAGACACAUUUCUCCAUCUGGCCAUUAUCCAUGAAGCCACUGAGGAGACGAUUCAGAUGAUUCAUCAGUCACACGGGGACCUAUUUCUCAACAUCCAGAACAAUCAGAGACAGACUGCCCUGCAUUUGGCUGUCAUCAUGGAACAGCCCCAAUUGGUGGAGAGGCUACUAAAGGCUGGCUGUGAUCCUCGGCUGGUGGACGACUCAGGAAACACUGCACUCCACAUCGCCUGCAAGAAGGGGUCUCUGUCUUGCUUUGGUGUGCUGACUCAAGUCUGCCCCAUUCAUUUGUCCUCUAUCCUUGCAGCUCCAAAUUACAGUGGUCACAACUGUCUUCACCUAGCCUGCAUCUAUGGUUUCCUCUCAUUGGUGGAGAGCCUCCUUAGUCUUGGAGCAGACAUCAAUGCGCAGGAGCAAUGCAAUGGACGCACUGCCCUCCAUCUGGCAGUGGACCUCCAGAACCCUGAGUUAGUCCGACUCCUGGUCACCAAGGGUGCCAACAUCAACAGCCUGACCUAUGGCGGGUACUCGCCGUACCACCUGACGUUCGGACGGCAAAAUGUUGAGAUCCAGCAGCAGCUGUAUGCCCUGACUGCACAGGAGCUACGGGACCUGCCUGAGAGCGAGUCAGAAGAUAGUGAUUGGGAGGUUCAGUCCGAGGACGAUCAGAUGUAUGAUGACAUUCGGGUGGUAGGACACAAAUAGGGUCGUCACAUGACCCCAUGCCCCCCAACUCCCUCUAGUAAGCACAGUGGUACAGAACAAUGGAGGCUGCAGACAGGCCUAGUUAUCAGUGCCUGGACAAAAGCGGCAAAGACAGGCACAGCUCAAGCUUAAGAAGAAAAAAAAUGAAGAUGAAAGCUUUGGAAGAAUUAUGAAAAUGAUGAAGAAUGAAGCAAAAGAUCCAGACAGUGUACAAGAAAGAUGCAAAAAACUCCAAAGAAAAUACAUAUUGUCAAAAUACAAACUGGAUAUGAUGUAUAUAGAGUAUAUAUAGAUUAUAUUUUUAUACUUGUAAAUAUUUUUAAAUUGUGUAUGACACUAGUGUAAGUAUUAAUUUUGGUAUUAUGUAGAGGACUGAACACACCUAAAUUAAAAACGUAAAUCUUAA